CCUGCUAGCUAGGUUGAAAGCCGGUAAUAUUUAAAGGUUACUCUCGCUGUUUUAUCGGCAGUAGUGUUGUUGUUUUGUAUUUUUUUGACAUGUUCUAAAUAUUAUUGAUAUAAUUUUUGUUGUGUCAUGGCGGUGCCGUUUAAACAGGCCGGUAUUUUCUGUGCUAAGCUAACUAGCUAGCCUCAUUUGUUUACAUUAGUCCACGACGGUUCCUGCUGUCAGAGGAAGAUCGGCUCCUUCUGCUGCUUCAGGCUGGUUUAAAACCAGAACUGGGACACAAACACGAUGGAAGACUGCCUACACAUGUGUUUUUCGGUAUGAUGGGGGUCAAAUAGGAGGAGAGAUGAGAGAGUUCAGCCCGACAGAGCUGCUCGCUGGCUUCUGCCAAACAGACGAGGAGGAUCCCUUCCCCGUGUGGCAGAAUGGACACGCCAGUCCCUGUUUUAACCAGCUGGUCCUUGGGGCUCUGCCUCAUGCAGGGAUGGCCAUUUUCAGCGCCUGUUACCUCAGCAUGGCCAGAUCCGACCUCCAGCAGUCGUCUCCUCCCUGUGGCUGGACGCUCCGCUCCGUGUCUGCUCUGCUGUCGGCGCUCCUCUUCACCGCAGACGUGGUCAUGGUGAGCCUCCUCCAGCAGGCUGACAUGUACCUGGACGUCCUUGCUGACAGCUGUGCCAUCCUGGCCUGGCUGGUCCACUUCAGCGCCAUCGUGGUUCUCCAGAGGACGGCGUUUAAGAGAACCAGAGGGCCGUCUCUGCUGCUGGUGCUGGUCCUUCUGUCGGUCCCAAACCUGGUCUUUGCUCUGAUGAUUUCCUGUGACCAUCAGGACUAUCUAAGCUUCAAAGAGCCUCUUAAAUUCACUCGCUUUGUGCUCGCCUCAGCCCGGGCGCUGCCUCUUCUGGUUUAUCUUCUUGCCUUUGUGUUCCCCUGCAUCAGUGACGCCGGAUAUACUCUGUCCAUCAACACGGAGGAUGGAUUGCCACUCAUCACAGAGAGCGACCAGACGGAUACGGGGGACAUGGUGGCAGAGGACGGGAGUGGCAUCUUCUCUCGGCUCUUCUUCCUCUGGUUGACUCCUCUGCUCCAACGAGGACAGCGAGGAGAGCUGGAGAGACCGGCUGAUGUUUAUCACCUCCCACAGAGACUUCGGACUAGCGUGGUGUGUCGAUACUUCCACCAGUGCUGGGAGGCGUGCAGACGAGGCGGCACGGUCAGUGACAGGCAGGAUCAGUGGCCCCCGCCGGUCAGCAGGAGCCUCCUGAGUGGUACCUGGAGUUCCCACUACCAGGAGGAGACUCUGGAGCUGGAGGGGGAUGUGGGACUGCUGACAGUGCUGCACAAGGCGUUCGGGCUUCGGUUCUACGUCCUGGGCGUGCUGAAGGCGGCGGUGAACAUGCUGAGCUUCGCCGGGCCCCUCCUCCUCAACAGUCUGGUCAACUUCAUGGAGGAAAGAGGAGCUCCAGCGAGCCACGGGGCCUGGUGUGCUCUGGGGCUCUUUGCCACAACUUUCCUGGCAGCGAUGCUCAGAAUUUCCUACCUCUUUGAGGUGUCUAAAGUGGCGCUGUCGGCCCGCGCCGCUCUCAUGUCGGCCAUCUACGCCAAAGCCCUGCGGGUCAGCGGCAGCAGCCUGGCCGUUUUCUCUCUGGGCGAGGUGGUGAACCUGAUGAGCACGGACACCGACCGCGUGGUGAACUUCUUCACCAGCUUUCACGAGCUCUGGAGCAUGCCUUUCCGCUUCAGCAUCACUCUCUACCUGCUGUACCUGCAGGUGGGCGUGGCCUUCCUGGGCGGGCUGUGUGUGGCGCUGCUGCUGGUGCCUUUCAACAAGUUCCUGGCUUCCCGUAUCCUUAGCAACAACAAAGACAUGCUAAGGCACAAAGACAGCCGGGUCAAGGUCAUGACAGAAAUCCUCUUUGGUAUUCGGGUCAUUAAAUUCUACAACUGGGAGUCUCAUUUCACCCAGAAGGUCUCUGAAUGUCGAAAACAAGAACUGUCCCACCUCAAAGCCAUCAAGUACCUGGAUGCUCUGUGUGUUUACACCUGGGCCGCUCUACCUGUGGUCAUCUCCAUCCUCACCUUCGUCACCUACGUCCUGCUGGGAUAUCAGCUGACUGCAGCCAAGGUUUUCACCACACUAGCUCUAGUUGGGAUGUUGAUAAUCCCGCUGAACUCUUUCCCCUGGGUCCUCAACGGCAUACUGGAAGCCAAAGUGUCUCUGGAGCGAAUCCAGCGCUUCUUCAAACUGACCAACCAGGACCUGCAGGCGUACUACGCCCUGGUGACUCCUGAGGACAGCCAGACAUCGGUCCUGUUGAGUCAGGGUAAAUUUUCCUGGCAGGGAGCGGAGGGUUUGAACCAAAACGGCGAGGGAGGAAGUGAACGUGGAGCUGAAGGAAGUCUGCUGCUGCACAGCCUUAAUCUGAAGAUCACCAAGGGCUCUCUGGUCGUGGUGGUGGGGAAGGUCGGCUGUGGGAAGAGUUCAUUACUGGCAGCUCUCACUGGAGAACUCAGCAGGCUGAGUGGGGUGGUGUACGUCGCAGACAGAGAGGCCGGGUUCGGUCUGGCAUCUCAGGAGCCGUGGAUCCAGCAUGCAUCGGUGCGGGACAACAUCCUGUUUGGCAAAGCGUACGACCACGGCGUGUACCAGGCUGUGAUCGAGGCCUGCGCUCUGUCAGAUGACCUCAACGUUUUGCCAAAUGGAGAUAAGACAGAAGUGGGAGAGAAUGGAGUGACUCUGAGCGGAGGACAGAAGGCUCGACUCGCCCUCGCCAGAGCUGUUUACAUGGACAAAGACAUCUACCUCCUCGAUGACCCGUUGGCGGCAGUCGACACCGACGUGGCCGAACACCUCAUGAAGAAAUGCAUCAUGGAGCUCCUGAGGGGAAAGACCAGAAUCCUUUGCACGCAUCGCAUCGAGUUUGUAGACAAAGCUGACUUGGUGGUCCUCAUGGAGAAUGGGACGAUCGUCAACACAGGUAGCCCAGCAGAAAUCCUUCCAUUGGUGGAGGCCGUGCCGAAGAAACGGAAGAACGAGCACAACAUGAAGGAGAAAGAUGGCGUGGAGCAGGAGGAGGAGGAGCCGGAGUCGUCCCCUGAUCUACGUCUGGACCAGGACCCCGGUCUGUCAGGGGUGGAGCAGAAGCAGGUGGGCGGGCUGGCGUGGGGUGUUUACCGGACCUACUGGGCCGCUGUGGGUGGAGUCCUGGCUUCGUCCAUCUUGAUGUCUCUGCUCCUCAUGCAAGCCUCUAAGAACGUCUCUGAUUGGUGGUUGUCUCACUGGAUCUCAGAGCUGAAAAACAACGGUUCUACAACGACAUACUGUUCUUCAUCAGGAGCCCUCAGCUCUCCUCACCUGCUGCUCUUCUCACCUGGAGGCUUAAUGUCUCCUCUGUCCUCUGUGGAAUCUUCCUUUCUGACCAACAUGAGCUCUGAUGUGAAGUUUUACCUGACGGUGUACGGCUCCAUCGGCGUGGCUAACACCGUCUUCACCGCUCUCAGAGCUUUCCUCUUCGCGUACGGAGGAAUCUGUGCUGCCAAAACCAUCCACAACAGACUGCUGGACCGGGUCCUUAAGGCCACCGUGUCUUUCUUCGACACCACCCCGAUGGGCCGCGUCCUGAACCGUUUCUCCUCAGACCUGUACAGCGUGGACGACAGCCUGCCCUUCAUCCUCAACAUAAUGCUGGCCAACGUCUUCGGCCUGCUGGGGAUGCUGGUGGUGAUAAGUUAUGGCCUCCCCUGGGUCCUCGUGCCUCUGUUGCCCCUCGCUCUGCUCUACUACCGCACCCAGCACUAUUACCGACACACGUCCCGCGAGCUGAAGCGUCUGUGCAGCGUCACGCUGUCACCUGUCUACUCGCAUUUCUCUGAGACGCUGACGGGGCUGGGGACCAUCCGGGCCAGCGGCAGCUCAGCCAGGUUUAAGGAGGAGAACGCCAAACGUCUGGAUCAGAACCAGCGCUGCCUCUUCCUCAGUAACGCCGCCAUGCAGUGGCUGAACAUCCGGCUGCAGCUGAUUGGUGUUGCCGUGGUGACGGGGCUGGGAGUGAUCGCUGUGGUGCAGCAUCAGUUUAACUCUGUGGAUCCAGGUCUGGUGGGUCUGUCGCUGUCCUACGCCCUCUCCAUCACCACGCUGCUGUCCGGACUCAUCUUCAGCUUCACGCAGACAGAGAUGCAGCUGGUGAGUGUGGAGAGGACGGAGGAGUACUCCACCGAACUUCCCAGUGAGCCUCAGCAGCAGAACGCUCAGCUUCCCCCCGAGUGGCCUGAGCAGGGCUGGUUGGAGUUCAGGGACGUGGUCUUGGCUUACAGAGACGGUCUUCCUAACGCUCUGGACGGGGUGAGUCUGGUGCUCAGACCAGGGGAGAAGGUGGGCAUCAUAGGACGGACGGGAUCGGGAAAGUCCACACUGUUUCUGGCCCUGUUCAGGAUGGUGGAGCUGAAUCAGGGUCAGAUUCUCCUGGACGGACUGGACGUCAGCAGCGUGGGUCUGGCUCAGCUCCGGUCACGGUUGGCCAUAAUUCCUCAGGACCCAUUCCUGUUCAGCGGGACCAUCAGGGAGAACCUGGACCCGUGUGGGUGUCACUCGGACCUGCGGCUGCUGGAGGUGGUGGAGCAGUGCCACCUGAGCUCGGUGGUUCAGAGGACAGGCGGUCUGGACGGCGAGGUUGGAGAGAGAGGGAAGUCGUUCUCCGUGGGUCAGAGGCAGCUGCUGUGUUUGGCUCGAGCUCUGCUGACUCAGGCCAAGGUCCUGUGCAUCGAUGAAGCCACGGCCAGCGUGGACCAGAAGACGGACAGACUGCUGCAACAGACGAUCAGAGAGACGUUCAAGGACAAGACCGUCCUCACCAUCGCACACAGGAUCAACACCAUCAUGGACUGUGACAGGGUGCUGGUGAUGCAUGCUGGGAAGGUGGUGGAGUUUGACACCCCGGCUGUGCUGUGCCAAACCGACCACUCCAUCUUCCAGCGGCUUGUAGGUCAGGGAGGAGAGAACAGAUGAGACCAGGAACCUGGCUCAGACUGCAGACUGAUAGAUUUAUUUUUAUACUCUAAUCCUGUAAAAACUCGCUGCUUCUUGUCUGCUGCAGAUUUACAGCAGAAACUGAAAACGUGGAAAAGUCUAGUGUUGUUGGAGCAGAGAGGCUGUGAUCUCUCCAAACUUUCAACUUUAUAAGAAUGAGAAACAAUGAAAUGUGCUUUAUUAUUUUAGUUUAUUUGAAUCUGUGGUUCUGAAUGAGUCUAUCCUCAGGAUCCACCUCCUACUUAAGGAGAAAUCACUACACAAAAAAAGAGAAUUAAAGAUGGAACCAGGUUGAGGACAUGCAUGCGUGCGUUUUAUUUAACCGUCCUGGUAUAACCUGUACAUUUGGGCUUUCUAGAAAUGAGAGAAAUUAUUGCACACUGUCAAGGAAAAACUCUCUAUUUUUCUCAUACUGCUUUCCCACUAAAAUUAGUGUGUAAAAGCGAGUUUUUUAAACGCAGGUAAACCCACUAACAAUCGGCAAGUGAGUCCUUUCCCAUUGCCAGCAGACCCGGGUCUGAUCGCCAGCAGACGAGCUGCGUGGCUGUUUUUUUCCCUCUUGUGUGUUUAGCUGAUGUCAUCAUGUUGGUUUCUGUGUAAUAACAAACAAAAAAGAGGAUCAAUGUGAUCAUUUCCAGGAGGCAAAUGAUGCAAUAAAUAAAUGAAUGAAAGGUUAAUAGAUUAUAUCGUUUGAAAAGGAUCUCUCUUUCCUGCGCAUGGACAGGACGCCAGUGCUUUAUGAGCUAAUCCAUGAGAUUUUAACAGGCUGAAUGAGCUAAAUCUGUCCUUGGUAAAAAAAAAAAACAAAUUCUCAGCAGAUAUGUUCAUUAUGACAUGAGCAUUUUUGUGUUUACAUGCGCCGUUAAACUGCGUUGCCAUGCUGUGAAACUUCUGCCUUUAAAGUCCUGCCUCCUCCAGCACAUCAGGCUUAAAUGCGCAGCAGACAGAAUAAAGAGUCUGUGCAACAACAACAACAUGAACAACAAGGAUCUGUGAGAUCACAACAGGCAAGUAAUGUAAAAAAGAAUAAAAGGUUAAUAGAUUAUGUCGUUUGAAAAGGCUCUCUUUCCAGCUGCACACGGACAGGACGCACUGUGCUUUGUAAGAUAGGCAGGAGAAAUUAAAGACUGCGCUAAAUCUGUCCGAGGAAAAAAAUAUUUUCUCAGUGGAUAUCUUCAUUAUAGCAAGACUGAUCUAGCAAAGCAUUUUAGUAUUCAUAUUUGCCGUGAAAUCACACAGCUGCACAUGUUGAUGACAAGGAGGACUAAUCACUCUCAUGCACCCGCAUGUGAAAUAAAGGCGUGAUCAUGACAACAACAAAACACAAAAACAGUGAACGUGCAGUACCUUCCCUCUCUAAGAGACAGAUUUAUUGCGCUUUAACUUAGAUGAAUCUCUUUAAAGUGAGUGACUGUGAGAGUUGUUGCACUCAACAUUUCAGCUUUGUUGUUGUAUAUAGUUGUGUCUCGCACAGUCCCUGUGACCUGGCGCCGAAUCUCCUCUUCUCCACAAAUCAAUAGAAGCUCUCUGAUCUCCCUGUCUUGCCAGUGCUGUGUCAUCUUGCAAAUAUAAAUCUCACGCACUGAGUCCAAAAACAACAAUGCUCGUCCCUCAACUGCCGGCAUCUUUUUGUUGUCCCAUUUUAAGGGCGAGAUAGUAUGACGUAGGCAUGUUACGCUAAAGUCAUCCAGUGUUCACCCGGGUGUGUCGCCGAUCGAAGACAAGCCGUUAAAAACCCGUGUCUAUUGCAGGGUCAGUUGGCGCGGGUCUGAAUGCCGAUUAGAGCCUUUCCCACUGCCAAGAGGAGCCGAUUGUUUGCGUGUUUAAACGGGUUUUUCGGCCAGUGGGAAAGGGGUAUAAGAGGAGAUAGUCAAGAGCUCAACAUUCAUGUAUGUGGUGUUCCUCAGAGCAGCCUGAUGGUUCCCCUUUACGUGAAUAUCAGUGUUGGAAAUGUUGAUUUCUGUCUCUGUUUGCUGAUGAUUAACAUAUUUAUGUUUCUGUUGAAAGAAACGAUGCAAAAAGGGUCUCCUUGUCUUUUUAAGCAGUCAGAAAUGUUAUUCACAGUUUUACACUCACUUUAAAGAAGGGUCUGUUUUUAACCAGCAAAUAUUCACGACCCACCUUUGGGUCCUGAGCCACCAGUUGAGAAACACUACUGUAAUGUGAUCAUUUUGAUGCGGAAACAGCAUGAUUUUAUGUUUUCUAUGAUUUUUUUCACCUUCUCGAUCUCUUUAUGGGGGCUUUUUUCAUGUGAAGCUGUUCAUGAGUGGUAAAAUAUCAGACUGUUGUGCUAAGAUUGUUUUUUAAUGAACUGAAAGAUCACUAACUGAACUUUCAGCACAUCUGCUGUCUUUUUUAGAGGGCUGCAGUGGUUUCACCCCUCUCAGAUAAUCCAUUUAUUCAGCUCAGAAUGACCAGAUUAACAGACUUGUUCCCAACUCUGUUAAUAAAAUGACUAAAAAUGUGAAAAUGAAGAAAUAUGAAUGAAACGUCCCCUUUGUCAGCUGCUCCUAAACAUCAUUGGAGAACUUUCUUCUAGGUCUUUUUCACGUUUUAACCCUCGUUUAUCCAAAUCAGCUAGAUUAAGAGGGACUUUAUUUGUAUGUAGGGCAAAAAUCAGUUGUGCAAUAGUCAAAACAAAAACACAAACGUAGGAAGCAGAUGAUUUAAAGAGAUAGUUCUGCUGUUUUUGGCGGGUUUGAGAAUAUGAGAAGGAAUCCUCCUGUAGGUAGAACAAACAUGUAGACGAGCUCUGUGUUGAAGUUCUGCAAAGAUUAAAACAAUGUUUACCAAAGGAGGCUGACCUGAUGUAACCUCGUACAAGCUUGGCAGGUAAAUGGCUGAGUGUAUGAAGAAGUUUUUAUUUGUUGGUUUUUGCCUGGGGCUAUUUGGAGAGAACACCCAAAAGACAGCACUCCAAACUGUGGCGACUGUAAGACGCCUCAGCAGACUGUCAUCUCCUCUGGAGUGUUUUAAUUCUGUGGAGUAUGAUCGAUAAAAAUACGACCCACAAUGCACCACUCACAGAUUUUAAUCCGCUCUGGACCACAGAAUGAAGAUGGCGAAAUGCCAAGGUUGAACAACACAAAUGCUCUGUUACGACGGUGGUGGCAGUGGUGGAGGUCGAUAAAUUACUCAAAGUUACUACUAUGAUAUAUUCUACAUUAAAUAAGUAAGAAAAAAAAUGUUUGUGUCCUAAAAUUAAAGGUGUGAUAAUCUUGUUCUUUUAAUGCUACGUGUCAACAUUUUUAUAAAUAAAUGAGUUGGUUUGGAAUUCUUAAUGAUCUUCUUGUUCAUGGUGGUGUUCCUCUGGGCAGCGGCUUCAGUCCUCUGAUGUUUUUAUUUUUACGUGAAUUUUCCAGGUGAUAAUGUUGAUUCCUGUCGCUGUAUGCUGAUGAUAAAAUUAACGUAAGAGUUUUACGCCUUAUUGUCUGUUCAAUCAGACCAUGUUUACCAUUACAGAACAUAUUGUAAGAAGUUUUAAUAGUGACAGAAAUGUUUUGUUGGCCCUGAAAGUGAAACAUUCGGAAAUCUUGUUAAUUUAUUGUCAUUAAUUGUUUUGUUGUCUUCCUGUAAUCUCUACUUACUGUGCAUGGUGGAAGUGAAAUGUUGAUUCCUGUUGCUGUAUGCUGAUGAUAUACUUUAGAGAUUUACACCUUAUUAUCUGUUUAUCAGACCACUACUUACUGUUGGCAGAUGAAUUUAUACAAAGCUUAAAGCAAACAGACUUGUUGGCCCUUAAAGUAACAUGCUGAAAUCUUGUUAAUUUAUUGUCAUACUUGAACAUUUUCAUAACAAUUCAAAUAAACUAAAUUGUUUUGUUGUACUUCAUGUUAUCUCUACUUACUGUACAUGUUGGAGUUCCUCUAGGUGGCAGCUUCAGUCCUCUGAUGAUUUUAUUUUUAUCCUAAUUUUCUGGGUGAUAAUGUUGAUUCCUGUCGCUAUAUGCUGAUGAUGAACUUUUUAAAAGUUGAUGUUGAAACAAAAUACAAAAUCUCUUUUGUCUCUGAAAAGCAAACAAAUUAACGUAAGAGCUUUACGCCUUAUUGUCUGUUUAAUCAGACCAUGUUUACCAUUACAGAACACUUUGUAAGAAGUUUAAAUAGAGACAGAAAUGUUUUUGUUGGCCCUGAAAGUGAAACAUUCUGAAAUCGUGUUAAUUUAUUGUCAUUAAUUGUUUUGUUGUCUUCUUGUAAUCUCUACUUACUGUGCAUGGUGGUGUUCCUCUGGGCGGCAGCUUAAGUCCUCUGAUGAUUUUAUUUUUACGUGGAUUUUCCAGGUGAUAAUGUUGAUUCCUGUUGCUGUAUGCUGAUGAUAUACUUCUUUAAGUUUCUGUUGAAACCAGAUAAAAAAUAUCUUUUUUUGUCUUUGAAGAGCAAACAAUCAAUUUAAGAGAUUUACGCCUUAUUAUCUGUUUAUCAGACCACUACUUACUGUUGGCAGAUGAAUUUAUACAAAGCUUAAAGCAAACAGACUUGUUGGCCCUUAAAGUAACAUGCUGAAAUCUUGUUAAUUUAUUGUCAUACUUGAACAUUUUCAUAACAAUUCAAAUAAACUAAAUUGUUUUGUUGUACUUCAUGUUAUCUCUACUUACUGUACAUGUUGGAGUUCCUCUAGGUGGCAGCUUCAGUCCUCUGAUGAUUUUAUUUUUACGUGGAUUUUCCAGGUGAUAAUGUUGAUUCCUGUUGCUGUAUGCUGAUGAUAUACUUCUUUAAGUUUCUGUUGAAACCAGAUAAAAAAUAUCUUUUUUUGUCUUUGAAGAGCAAACAAUCAACUUAAGAGAUUUACGCCUUAUUAUCUGUUUAUCAGACCACUACUUACUGUUGGCAGAUGAAUUUAUACAAAGCUUAAAGCAAACAGACUUGUUGGCCAUUACAGUAACACGCUGGAAUCUUGUUACUCUAUUGUCAUACUUGAACAUUUUCAUAAAAAUUCAAAUAAACUAAAUUGGUUUGUUUUACUUCCUGUUAUCACUACUUACUGUACAUG